AUGAAAUAAUAUAAAAAUGAAUUAAUAAUUAAUAAAAAUAAAUAAAUGUUUGUUGAAAAUAAAAAAAUGAAUUAAAUUAAGAAAGAUAGAAGAAGAAAAAACACAAGUACAGUCAAAAAAAUAUAGAAAAAUCUCAGAUUAAUAUGGAGAACCUAAUGA